UGAUAAUCAUCUUGAUGCUUUGUUUUCUAUACCUCCAAUAACUAAAGAGUCCCCUUCGUUAAUUCGAAAACUAAUUGAUAAUGUGUUAAAAAAUAUACGUGCAUUAGUUAUCCUAGGGGAACCUGCUGACACUUGGGACACACUGACUAUUUAUCUUAUCGUUUCCAAGUUAGAUAAAGUUACCAAACGAGAAUGGCAAGCUCAUAAAUUUAGAUUAUCACAACUGAAUGAAAACAAUUCUAAGUCGCGAUUAACGCUUAGUGACAUUAUUGGUUUUCUUCGUAACACAGCAGACGUACUGGAUUCAUUGCAGCGUUCACAUGGCAAAGACGUACAUAACACUGAGAAUAAAAAACAACACAAAAAAUCUCACAACACGUCACACUGCAAUGUUUCCAGCGAGCCUGACAAAACGAACGAUAACCGUUCUAAAUCUUGUUUAAAAUGUAACGCGAAUCAUCGUAUAUACAAGUGCAAAAAGUUUAUCGAAAGUAAUUUAGACAGUAAACUUAAACUUGUACGCGAUCACAACUUAUGUGAGAAUUGUUUAAAUUCAGGGCACUUGGUAACUGAGUGUAAGUUUGGGCCUUGUAGACAUUGUAGCCAAAAACAUAACUCGUUGUUGCAUAAUGCUAAUAGUUCGGUCGCAUGCCAUACGUCGACAAACACUGAGGCGAGUACGAGUGGUGCACCGGCGCAUCUCCCCGCGCCCGCACCUAUUGCCGCGGACUCCGCCCUCUCAAUUCAAGUAAACAAAGCACACAUGCAAACGGAAUCUACAAAGUCCAUAGGUGUGCAAUCCGUGUUAUUAUCAACUGCUAUUGUUGAAGUAGCCGAUGCACAUGGCACAUACCAUAAAGCGCGAGCCCUCCUAGACAAUGGCAGCCAGCGCUGUUUUAUUUCUAAAUCAUUAUGUCAAUUACUUAAUUCACCACUUAUACAGUCCACUAACGAAGUUCGCGGCGUAGGUGACUCGGUAGUACAUUGUACGCAAGCUUGUGAUAUCGUUGUAAAAUCCUGCGUCAAUAAUUCAUUUUCUACACGCAUUCAUUGUUUUGUUUUGUCUAGGAUCACGGCAUCGAUGCCUGCCGUAUGUAAAUUAAGUGCAAAUAUCUGUAUUCCAGAUAACAUACAGCUGGCUGAUCCACAAUUUUUAGACUACAAAACUAUAGAUAUUUUAAUUGGUGCUGAUAGGUUUUGGGACCUGUUAGAAGACGGAAAAAUUCGUUUGUCUAGUGGACCGUUUCUACAGAACACCAAAUUUGGCUGGAUCAUUUCUGGACCUAUCGCUAUUCAAACGCGUAAAAAGGCACCAAUUCAUUGCAAUAUUGUAAAUUCACUAGAUACGCAACUUCGUCUGUUUUGGGAGAUUGAGGACCUACCCAAGGUCAGAGACGUGCAGACUGACGAAGAACGGGAAUGCGAGGAUCACUUCGUUCGCACUACUACUCGCGGUAGUGACGGGAGAUUCUGUGUGCACAUUCCAUUCCGUCAGUCACCUGAAUCCUUGGGAGACUCUUAUACCCAGGCAGAGCGUCGAUUUCUAGCCUUAGAAAAACGCUUGCAGCGUUCAUCAGACUAUAAAAGUCUUUACUCCAAUUUUAUGCAGGAGUACCUCAGCUUAGGCCAUAUGACACAGGUAGAUUCCUACGAAUCCCCGUGUUAUUUUAUGCCACAUCAUGGUGUGUUCCGCGAGCUCAGCACCACCACCAAGUUGCGCGUGGUGUUUGAUGCAAGCGCACCGUCAAGCUCCGGUAAGUCCCUGAAUGAUUUGCAGCUGGUUGGCCCUCCUAUACAGGGUGAUCUCAUUGCCAUUCUUCUCCGCUUUCGGCAGCAUAAAUACGUUGCGUGCGCCGACGUGGAGAAGAUGUACCGGCAGUGCCUAGUAGACGAGGGUCAGCGUAGCUUGCAGAUGAUUCUGUGGCGUGACCAUCCGUCGAAGCCUUUAGGUAUUUUUAAAUUAAAUACCGUGACGUACGGAACCGCCUCCGCGCCUUUUCUUAGCGUUAGGUGCCUAAAACAAUUAGCUAAUGAAUCUCCUGAUGCUGACGUUGCUCGAGCCAUAAGGGAAGACUUUUAUGUUGAUGAUUUUAUAACGGGUUCGGAUAAUAAAUUACUGUUACUUGAUUUAUGUGACAAAACUCAGAAAACGUUGCAGUUAGGCUGUUUCCCACUCAGGAAAUGGAUAUAUAAUUUUAGGCGUGAUGAUGGUAGUCGUUCAUCUAGUCAGUUUAAACCGUUAAGUUUAGAUGAUAAUAUCAGUUCUAAAACGUUAGGUAUAGGCUGGCACAAUCUAAGUGAUAACUUUUAUUUUAACACACAAAUUCAAAUUGAUAAUGAUAAACCGAUUAGUAAAAGGUCUAUUUUAUCUAAAGUUUCACAAAUAUUUGACCCACUCGGUUUGUUAAGUCCCGUUAUAAUAGUUGUCAAAGUUCUUUUGCAACAAUUAUGGCUGCAAAAAAUAGGUUGGGAUGAUAACGUGCCUGAUAGCACGGCGCGCGUAUGGAACCGGUUUGUUAUUUCAUUACAAGCGCUUAACACUAUUCGCAUUCCUCGCCAUGUUAUAGGUGCGCAUCCUAAGUAUAUCGAACUUCAUGUUUUUAGUGACGCGUCUCAGACAGCGUACGGCGCGUGUAUUUAUAUUCGCACAGUUAAUUAUGAUCUAACAGUAACGGUUAGGUUAUUAUUUUCUAAAUCCAAGGUUGCGCCGUUAAAGCCUAUAAGCAUCCCUCGGCUCGAACUGUGUGGGGCUUUAUUAGGCGCUCGUCUGUAUGACAAAGUGCGCGAUGCACUACGUUGCAGUCUUAGUAACAUCGUAUUUUGGACGGAUUCCACGAUCGUCUUAGGCUGGCUACACAUGAGGCCGAACCAGCUUAAGACGUUCGUUCAAAAUAGGGUCGCGGAAAUUCAUGACCUUACAUUAGAGGUCCCAUGGCGUCAUGUCAGGAGUGAAAAUAAUCCUGCUGACCUGGCGUCGCGGGGCGUCAGGUUGGAGGAACUUUCAUCCUCUAGACUAUGGUGGGAGGGUCCUGAAUUUCUUUGCAAUCCUAAUUUUUCAAUAGAUGAUCACAAAGGUCCAGAUUCAUUUAAAAUUCGUGAGUUACCCGAAGUUAAGUCGUAUGUCACCGCAGUCGUAGCUCAGGAUUCUUCUGAAUCGUCUUUAUUCCCGUUUCACCGGUUUUCUCAAUUUAAACGUAUGAGGCGUGCAGCGGCCUUUAUGUUGCGUUUCAUUCAUAACAGUCGAUAUAAAAACAACAGGUAUGUAGGCAGCCUUAGUGUUGAUGAACUACAUUUUGCUGAUAAGACAUUGGCUCGGUUAUGCCAAUUUGAAUCUUAUCCAGUUGAAUGUAAGGCAUUAUGCAAUAACGGGUCUAUUAAAAAUAAAAGUUGUUUAUCUAAAUUAAAUGUAUUUCUUGACGACUGCAAGAUCAUGCGUGUAGGUGGUCGUCUAGUUAAUUCUAAUGAAUUUAUUUAUGGUAAAAAACAUCCCAUUGUAAUUUCUAGUAAACAUUACUUUGCUACUUUGUUGUUUCGACAUGAGCACAUCCAGCUUUUACAUGCUGCUCCUCAGGCGUUACUCUUUCAUUUACGCGAAUCAUGGUGGCCUGUAGGAGGUAGGAACCUCGCUCGUCAGAUAGUACAUAACUGUGUCAUUUGUACGCGUAUCCGAGGCAAGACGCUUACGCCUAUGAUGGGCAACUUACCUGCGGCGCGAGUUACGCCUAGUCUGCCAUUCGUUAGGUGUGGGGUUGAUUACGCGGGGCCAGUGCUCAUCCUGAACCGCAAAGGUAAGGGUGCUAGACUUAUCAAAGGGUAUAUUUGUUUAUUUAUUUGUUUCGUUACACGCGCAGUACACCUGGAGUUAGUCAGUGACCUUUCCAGCGAAGCAUAUUUACUAACUUUAAAACGUUUUAUUUCACGUCGCGGUAAGCCUGCAGAAAUUUAUUCCGACAAUGGUCGUAACUUCGUAGGUAUAAUGAAUGAUUUUUCAAAAUUUUUAAAUAAUUGUAGUUCAGAUAUUUUAGAAUUUGCUCAAAGUCAAAACAUUAAAUUUCAUUUUAUUCCCCCUUAUUCUCCCCAUUUUGGUGGUCUGUGGGAGGCAGGAGUUAAGUCGAGUAAAUAUCAUUUACGUCGUGUGAUAGGUAAUGCUCACCUUACUUUCGAGGAAUACAGCACAGUACUAGCACAAAUAGAAGCCGUACUUAAUUCCCGACCUUUGUCUCCCCUCUCUCCUGAUCCUCAGGACCUUUCUCCGCUUACUCCAGGUCAUUUCCUUAUUGGCCGACCACUGGCUGCUCCGGCAUGCGAUGACCUGCGCGAUGUUCCUGCCAGUCGUCUCCAGCGGUACCAGAGGGUGGAGCAACUUCGCCAACACUUUUGGACUCGGUGGGCGAAAGAAUACAUCUCUGAGCUGCAGGUGCGGACCAAAUGGAGAGAGAAUAAGGAUGAGCUUCAACCAGGUUCCUUGGUGGUUAUCAAAGACAGUAACCUACCGCCGUUGAAGUGGCAGUUGGGACGUGUUCUGUGUACCGUCCCGGGAAAGGAUGGCAUAUCCCGUGUUGCCGACAUACAAACGUCCUCGGGCGUGCUGAGACGCGCAUUCACCAACAUUUGCCCUCUACUGCCGGAGGUGGACCGGGAUGCUGCGACUGAGGACUGUUGAAAGCCACUGCUUCCAAGGCCGGGGGCAUGUUCUGGCUUAACAUUCGUGUCGACCAAUGACCAGACUGCACUAACGAUGACGUCGUACGGUGGACCGCGAAUCGCGUU